AUGGGCUGGGCCCCGUCUAGGCAGGCUUCUCUGGAAUGUUCUUACCUGGGAAAUCAAGGAGUAGUAGUACAAAUAUAUUUUAAGCAAUUCCAGCAGAAGAGCCAACAGGAAAAACUGACGAGUACACAUUACCCUUACUACUCUGUCAUCUUCCGCUGUUUCCGUGAAGAAAUGAUGUGGGAAGCGGAGGCCUGGUACGAAGAAGCGGAGGAGGAAGAAGAAGAAGAAGCAGAACAAGAUGAUACCUACGUUGAUUUCGAUUUCUUUUCCCUCUUAUCCAAAACGAAGGAUUACUAUAAAAUAUUGGAAGUGGACUAUAACGCGACAGAGGACACCAUAAGGUCCAACUAUAUUCGUCUUGCAUUGCAAUGGCAUCCAGAUAAGCGGAAAGAUGAGAACAGUGCAACAUCAAGAUUUCAAGAGAUAAAUGAAGCUUACGAGGUUCUAAGUGAUCCCAUCAAAAGGGCAGAGUACGACAGAAAAGGAAUGCGGUUUGCUGAUGACUACAAUCUCAUUGAUUACCUUAACCGAUACAAGGGCCUAAUCUUAACAUGCAAUGGCCUUGGGAUCCGGCAUUCAAUCUGGUGAAGUAAAGAAAGCAUGAAUAGAGAUCCACUGUGAAGAAAUCUUGAAAUGUUGAGGCAAGAAAGAUGUAUUUUGAUAGAGGCUGAAACAGGUUAUAGGGUAAUUGUAGGGACUUAAAACUGUAUGGCAGUUAAACUGACUUUCGGAUGUAUAUAGAGGCCAUAGACUAAUCUUUUUUUUUUUUUUUGGUGCA